AGCAGCAUUUUUAGUAGAGAGCCUGUGCCGGAUUUUUUUUCUAACACAAAAGACUAAAAGCAGGAAUUUUUUCGCAAAUAUUUUUUAAUUCAAAAAUUUUGCCAACAUUUAUUAUGUUUUAAGUGUAAAUAACGCAAGGAAAAGAACACAAACAAUAUGGGUAUAUUAGAUAAAAUUGCUGAAAUCGAAAGAGAAAUUGCCAGAACACAAAAAAAUAAAGCCACUGAAUAUCAUUUGGGUUUAUUGAAGGCCAAAUUAGCCAAAUAUCGUUCGCAAUUGUUGGAGCCCUCGAAGAAGGGCGAAAAAGGUGAAGGCUUUGAUGUGCUAAAGAGUGGCGAUGCCAGAGUGGCUUUGAUUGGUUUCCCUUCGGUGGGUAAGUCAACGCUGCUGUCGACGCUAACAAAAACUGAAUCGGAAGCGGCCAACUAUGAGUUCACAACGUUGACCUGUAUUCCCGGUGUGAUUGAGUAUAAGGGUGCGAAUAUACAAUUGUUGGAUUUGCCGGGUAUUAUUGAAGGUGCUGCACAGGGCAAAGGUCGUGGUCGUCAAGUUAUUGCUGUCGCCCGUACUGCCGAUUUAGUAGUCAUGAUGUUGGACGCCACCAAGCCGAAUGUACACCGUGACUUAUUGGAGCGGGAAUUGGAGUCGGUGGGCAUACGUUUAAAUAAACGUAGACCAAAUAUUUACUUCAAACAAAAGAAGGGUGGCGGCUUAAGUUUCAAUGCCACCUGUGCUCUAACUAGCUGCAAUGAGAAAAUGGUACAAACCGUACUGCACUCCUUUAAGAUCUUUAAUGCUGAAGUGUUGUUCCGUGAAGACUGUAGCGUGGAUGAGUUUAUCGAUGUGGUUACAGCGAAUCGUGUUUAUUUGCCUUGUCUCUAUGUCUACAAUAAAAUCGAUCAGAUUUCUAUCGAAGAAGUAGAUCGUUUGGCUAGAGAACCCAACUCCAUAGUGGUUAGUUGUAAUAUGCAAUUGAAUUUGGAUUAUUUACUAGAGGCGCUGUGGGAUGCCUUGCAGCUUAUUAGAGUUUAUACGAAAAAACCUGGUGCACCACCAGAUUUUGAUGAUGGUUUGAUUUUGAGAAGGGGUGUUUCUGUGGAGUAUGUAUGUCAUGCUAUUCAUCGUACUUUAGCCGCUCAAUUUAAGUAUGCCUUAGUCUGGGGUACUUCCACCAAGUACUCACCCCAACGUGUGGGCAUUAGUCAUAUAAUGGCCGAUGAGGAUGUUAUACAAGUUGUUAAGAAAUGAUUAAUGAAUUCCUUUUUUGCAUUUUCCUUUCCACUCCAUUAUCACCUUAACUCUUACCUUUUUUAAACUUUUCUUUAGUUUAUUAUUAAUCCAUUGGAUAUUGUUUUACCAACAAAACUGCCUGAAAUUUUAAUGAAAAGAAUUUCUUGGCUUUACCUGCUGCGCUUUGGCUUUACAGAAAAUUAAUAUUAAAUAUUAUAACAUAAAUGAAAUUGAAAUUCUAUUGGAUAAACGUACGGGAUGACUAACUAAUGGUUUUGUUUUAUAAGUGUUACUUAAAUAAGCAGCAUUCUUUUUAUUUUAUUCACCAUUAUCUCCCUCUCCCCUGUCUCUAUAUAUAUAAACAAUUUAGAACUCAAGGAAUAAUAAAUGAUAUUUAACGAAAUAAACAUGUUAUUCAACAUCAUAUCUAAAAAGGUA